GCUUCUCUUGAAAUACGGGUACGAUUAAGCUAGCAGGUUAGCCAUGUCCGGUGUCGAAGUAAGUUCAAAUGAAUCUGUGGAGGUGAAAGAAGAAAAUGAGUUUGAUGCUGAGGCUGAAGACCAACUUGAGGAUGAUUAUAUCCUUGACCCGACUCGAUAUAUGUUUUACAGAGACAGAAAGGAGUGGGCUGACCUGGAGCCUGUUCCCCAGGAUGAUGGACCAAAUCCUGUCGUGAAGAUCGCCUACUCUGAAAAGUUCUCAGAUGUUUACGACUAUUUCCGUGCCCUCCUGAAGAAUGAUGAAAAAAGUGAACGGGCGUUCGCCUUGACAGCAGAUGCCAUCGACCUAAAUGCUGCAAAUUACACAGUAUGGCACUACCGCCGAGUUCUGCUGCAAGCCUUAUCAAAGGACCUGAGGGAGGAGAUGAGGUACAUCACUGCCAUCAUUGAAGAGCAACCCAAAAACUAUCAAGUCUGGCAUCACAGACGUAUGGUGGUGGAGUGGUUGAAUGACCCCACAGAGGAACUGGAGUUCAUUGCAGAUAUUCUCAGCCAAGAUGCAAAGAACUACCACGCCUGGCAGCACCGACAGUGGGUCAUCCAGGAGUACAAACUGUGGGAUAAUGAGCUGGAAUUUGUGGAGAAUCUUUUGGAGGAAGAUGUGAGGAAUAACUCUGCCUGGAACCAGAGGCAUUUUGUAAUUUCUCACACCACAGGUUUCUCUGACCCAAUCAUCGUGGAGAGAGAAAUUCAGUAUUGUCUGAAACAGAUCAAGAAGGCUCCCCACAAUGAAAGUGCAUGGAAUUAUUUAAAAGGGAUGCUGCAAGACAGAGGUCUGUCAUCUCAGCCAGGCCUGCUGGCGAGAGCCCAGGAGCUGAAAGAGACACACUGUUCACCAUACCUUCUAGCCUUUCUCUUUGAUUGCUAUGAGGAUGUCUUGGAGAGCAGUAAUGUGGAGGAAGAAGAACGAAAAGAAACUUUAAGAAAAGCCCUAGAAAUUUGUCAACUUCUUGCGCAGGAGAAGGACACCAUCCGUAAAGAGUACUGGCUGUUUUUGGGACGUUCGUUAAACAACAAAUAUGGAAGCAGUGAUGACUCCGAAGAGACCAGAGCAGAUGACCCUGAAUCUUCAGCCCAGGCAUCUGCGCAGCAGGAGACAAGUUAGAUCUCCAGAGGACUUGCACCUUUUCCGCAUUAUAUCCCGCUUUGUCAGUGCUGUUAGCAGAUCUGAACCAGUCCAUACAGUUUGAUAUCGCUGUGUUAGAAUUUUAGGGGGCAUUGAGACUGACAUUAACACUUCGAGAUCUGUAGCCUUUAAGCUCCUGCUUAUUGAAAUUUAAAUACAUAGAUGGCUUGAACUAAACAUUUGUGUUUGUUUGUUUUUUUAUUAUUAUUUUGUCUGAACCUCAGUAAGAACUGAAUAAAUUAUGACUCAUCAGGCA